AGGCACCAGACAAGGUACUCAAGAGGUACAUGGAACUGCAUCAAGCGGGGCUGGAAGUCUGUAAGUUGGUGGCAGAGAACUUCCGCCUGUACUUCAAUGUACCACUAAGAGUCCCCCCGCCUCCUCCCCCUGCCGAUGAGGCUUUAGAGGAUGAGCUGUAUGAACAGUUGCUGCCCCUGCCACCGGAAGAGGGUGCCCCAUUGACACCUCAGGAGGGUGAAGAAGCAGUGGUAGAUGCAGAGACUGGGGAAACUCCUACAGACAUGCCAAUAGUUGAGGAAGGAGAGGAGGGAGAGACUGAACGGACUGAGCUGCCUUCUAGUGAAGAUGUCAUGAGAGCCUCUAAGGUGUCAAAGAGAGUAACAAUCGUAGGCUCAACAGAUGAGACAACACCUGAAGAGAAAAAAGAUGAAGAACAAGAAGUUAAGGAAGAACCAAAAAGGUCUGUUGUGAAAGAUUCUCCUGAGAAAAAAGAACCUGAUGAGAAAAAGAAGUCAGUUGAUAAAGGAUCACCAGAAAAGAAAGGGGCAGAAGGAAAAAAGAAAGGUAAAAAAGAAUCACUUAAACAGAAGAAAGCUUCAGUUCCAAAGCCUCCUACACCUGAACCAUCUAUAGAACUGACUAUGUCUGAAGAGAUGAUUCAAAAAGUUAUAGAUGAUGAAGAGAAAAUAGAAAAGUGGAAUGCCUAUCUUGAUAUGGUUGAUGACGAAGUUCUUCAAGGAUUGGAAAGGGCUGUAGAAUGCAGCCUGACUUUGUUCAUGGAAGAGAUGAAUCCAGACUUCCAGCGAGCCCCACUUUUUGAGGUGACCCUGGAACUACAAAACACUGACAUUGUGUUUGUGCCAUCCAUGAUAAUUGACUUGGAAGACCCCUAUUGUUUCUACUGUGUGAUCAAUGGUCUAUUGGAGGAUAUUGUUCACAUGGCCAUACGUGUGCCACGGGUUUCGUACAGCCGAAGUAGUCUCACGUACAUGGAUAACAUAUUGAUGUCAUCAGAUUUGAACUCUAUGAAAAAUCGUAUAUUGGAACAAGUGAAAAGCACGUCUACAAAAGCUGUGGAAUACUUAACACUGUUUGAAGAGUACAAUUACUUAUGGCUGGAUGACCGCAAACUUUACUUGAAGCAGUUUCUGUUGUAUGGACAUGCCCUGAGCUCUGAGGAAGAGUUGAUGGAGGGCAAAGUUAAUGAGGAGGGAGUCCCAUUGCUCAAGGAAACCCCACCUAAGCUGCUUCAGUUCAAAACACAGAUAGAUGAAUACGAAAGUCUCUACAAGGAGCUCUCCACUAUUGAGAACUUCAUGACUUUUGACCGGUGGCUUCGUGUGGACAACCAGCCAUUUAAACAGGCUCUGCUGAACACAGUCUGCAAGUGGGGCAACAUGUUCAAACAGCAUCUUGUUGAUUUCGUCAUCAACAGUCUGCGGGAGCUGGCAGAUUUCAUAGAAGAAGCAGACAAGGGCCUGAGCAAACCUCUAGUGGAAGGGGACUAUGAAGGCCUUGUCACAAUCAUGGGGUAUCUUAUGCGGGUCAAGGAUCGUCAGAUUGCAACAGAUACUAUGUUUGACCCACUCAAGGACAUUAUUGAGUUGGUCAAAACCUACGAUAUGGACUUCUCUGAAGAAACUUAUGUUCUCCUUCAGGACCUACCGGGGAGGUGGAACAACACCAAGAAGUUGGCUGUAGGAGUGAAGGCAGCUGCAAUGCCACUCAUGCAGGCCGAGGCCAAUACUAUCCGCAAGCGUCUUGUACUCUUUGAGAUACGCACAAACUUCUUCAAAGAGGAUUUCAGACAGCUGCCAUUCUUCAAGUGGGGCUGCAAACAUGUGUAUAAGCACAUUGACAAGGCACAUAUUGAACUAGCGGACUUGGAAGGAGCUAUGGACAAACUCAUGGAACAGGCUAGUCUCUUUGAGGUGGGCAUUCCAGAGUUCAAAAUUGUCAAGGGGCUUCGCAAAGAACUCAAAAUGGCCAAGAUGCUGUGGGAUUACAUCCUGAUUGUAUUGUCCUGGAUCACAGAUUGGGAGAGUACUCAGUGGAAGAAAAUUGACAGUGAAGCCAUGGACUUAGAAUUGAAGAAGUUUGCCAAGGAAAUUAGGAUGCUGGACAAAGAGAUGAGGACCUGGGACAUCUACUUGCAGCUGGAGUCUGUCAUCAAGAACAUGAUCACAGCAUUGCGAGCCGUCACGGAAUUGCAGAAUCCAGCUCUCCGAGAUAGGCAUUGGCGACAGCUCAUGGAGGCUGCAAAGAUGAAGUUUGUGGUGGAUGACAACACAACACUGGCUGACCUGUUAGCACUGCAACUGUACAAGAUUGAGGACGAGGUGAAGACCAUUGUGGACAAGUCGGUGAAGGAAAUGUCCAUGGAGAAGACACUAACAGAGAUGGCUUUGACUUGGGCCAGCCAAGAGUUUGAGUAUGAGGUCCACCAGAGGACUGGUUGCAAGGUACUGAAGGUCAGCGAAGAGCUUGUGGAGAUUCUAGAAGAUAAUCAGGUCCAACUGCAAAACAUGAUGAGCUCCAAGUUUAUUGCAUUCUUCCUGAGCGAAGUGUCAGAAUGGCAACGCAAACUGUCUAAUGCUGACCAGGUCAUCCACACUUGGAUGGAGGUCCAGAGAACUUGGAUGCAUCUUGAGUCAAUUUUUAUCGGCUCUGAGGACAUUCGCAAACAGUUGCCUGAGGAUUCCAAGAGAUUUGAUCGUAUUGAUAAAGAGUUUAGGGGAUUGCUGGAUGACAUGGCCAAGACACCUAAUGUUGUCAAAGGCACAAAUAAGUUUGGACUUUUUGAAAAACUGGAAGCGCUGAAGGUUGAACUGACUAAAUGUGAGAAGGCCUUGGCUGAAUACUUGGAGACCAAGAGGUUGACUUAUCCUCGAUUCUACUUUGUCUCUUCAGCUGACCUCCUGGACAUACUGUCCAAUGGGAACCAACCUGAACUGGUCUGCAAACACUUACCGAAACUGUAUGAUUCUAUCGACAAGCUCAAGUUUGUGAUGGAGGGCAACAAGAUGACAAAACUAGCCAGAGGAAUGUUCGCCAAGGACGGAGAGUAUGUGGAGUUCAACAACAAUUGUGACUGCAGUGGGCAGGUAGAGAGAUGGCUGAAUAAUGUGACAGAUGCAAUGAGGGCUACCGGCAGAUUCUACUUCUCGGAAGCUGUUGUCACCUAUGAUGAGAAACCAAGGGAACAAUGGCUGUUUGACUAUCCCGCUCAGUGCGCUCUAUGUGGUACCCAGAUUUGGUGGACCACCGAGGUCAAUAUGGCAUUUGCUCGUUUAGAAGAAGGCUAUGAGAACGCCCUCAAGGAUUAUCAGAAGAAGCAGAUAAGCCAGCUUAACACUCUAAUUGGUCUCUUGCUGGGGGAGCUCACAGGAGGUGACAGAUCAAAGAUCAUGACUAUCUGUACAAUAGACGUGCACUCACGAGACGUUGUGGCCAAGAUGAUCUUAAUGAAAGUGGAGUCAGCUGCAUCAUUCCAGUGGCAGUCGCAGUUGAGACACAGGUGGGAUGUGAAUAUAAAUGAUUGCUUUGCAAACAUCUGUGAUGCUCAAUUCCGUUAUGAUUACGAGUACCUAGGCAACGGUCCUCGACUAGUUAUCACUCCCCUAACUGACCGCUGCUACAUCACACUUACUCAGUCACUUCAUCUGAUAAUGGGUGGAGCCCCUGCUGGUCCAGCAGGCACAGGCAAGACUGAGACCACAAAGGAUCUGGGCAAGGCCAUUGGCAUCAUGGUGUAUGUUUUUAAUUGUUCUGAGCAGAUGGAUUAUAAGUCAUGUGGCAACAUCUAUAAGGGGCUGGCACAGACAGGUGCAUGGGGCUGUUUUGAUGAGUUCAACCGUAUCUCAGUGGAGGUGCUGUCAGUGGUGGCAGUGCAGGUCAAGUGUGUGCUAGAUGCUAUCAAAGCUAAGAAGACCAGGUUCAACUUCCUAGGUGAGCUCAUUGCACUGAUCCCUACUGUCGGGAUGUUCAUUACCAUGAACCCAGGAUACGCUGGUCGUGCUGAACUACCUGAGAACUUGAAGGCUCUAUUCAGACCCUGUGCCAUGGUGGUGCCAGAUUUUGAACUGAUCUGUGAAAUCAUGUUGGUGGCUGAAGGGUUUCAAGAGGCACGGCUGCUGGCUCGCAAGUUCAUCACUCUUUAUUCACUCUGCAAGGAGCUGCUGUCCAAACAGGACCACUAUGAUUGGGGUCUCCGAGCCAUCAAGUCUGUGCUUGUUGUUGCUGGAUCCCUCAAAAGAGGAGACCGCCUCAGGCCAGAAGAUCAGGUGUUGAUGAGAGCCCUCCGAGACUUCAACAUUCCCAAGAUCGUGACUGAUGACAUGUCCAUCUUCAUGGGUCUCAUAGGAGACCUAUUUCCUGCAUUGGACGUUCCCCGUAAGCGGGAUUUUGAUUUUGAGCGGCAAGUGCGUGCCGCUGCCAUUGACCUCAAACUUCAACCAGAGGACAAUUUUAUACUGAAGGUGGUGCAACUGCAGGAAUUAUUCGCCGUGAGACAUUCUGUGUUCAUCAUAGGCAAUGCAGGCACUGGCAAGUCCCAGGUGUGGAAGACACUGUACCGAACCUACUAUAACCAAAAGAAGAAACCCCAUUACAAUGACUUAGAACCCAAGGCCGUUACUAACGAUGAACUUUUUGGCAUCAUCAACCCUGCAACUCGUGAAUGGAAGGAUGGUUUGUUCUCUGUGCUCAUCCGAGAGCAGGCCAACAUGGGCGGAGAAGGCUCCAAAUGGAUGGUAUUGGAUGGAGAUAUUGACCCUAUGUGGAUAGAGUCUCUCAACACUGUGAUGGAUGACAACAAGGUGCUUACUCUGGCCAGUAAUGAACGUAUUGCCCUCACUCCAUCCAUGCGGCUGCUGUUUGAGAUCUCCAACCUGCGCACUGCCACGCCCGCCACAGUGUCCCGUGCGGGUAUUCUUUACAUUAACCCUCAGGACCUUGGCUGGAACCCAUAUGUGACGAGUUGGAUCGAAACAAGAGAGGUGGAGAAUGAGAAGGCCGUUUUGAUUGUGUUGUUUGACAAGUAUAUCCCUCCAGUUCUGGAGGCCUCUCGCACCAAGUACAAGAAAAUCACUCCCAUCCCUGAGAUAGCCCACAUACAGAUGCUCUGCACCUUACUGGAGUCUCUGCUCACACCCGUCAAUGUGCCUCUUGAAUGCCCCAAGGAAUGGUAUGAGAUAUACUUCGUGUUCGCCUGCGUCUGGGCCUUUGGCUCGUGUACCUUCCAGGACCAGCUUGUGGACUGGAGAAGUGAGUUUACGAAGUGGUGGUGUAAUGAGUUCAAAGCAGUCAAGUUCCCGUCUGGUGGCCAUGUUUUCAAUUACUAUAUCGACCCAGAGACCAAGCGGUUCUUGCCAUGGACAGAUAAAGUGGCUAAGUUUGAACUCGACACUGACAUACCACUUCAGUCAACUCUAGUGAAUACAGCAGAAACAACCAGAGUGCGCUACUUCCUGGAUCUGUUGAUAGACAAGCGCAAGCCGGUCAUGUUGGUGGGUGGUGCAGGUUCGGGCAAGUCUGUACUCAUCAAUGAGAAGCUCAACUCUAUGUCAGAUAAUUUUGCUGUCACCAAUGUGCCCUUCAACUUCUAUACCACCUCUGAAAUGCUACAAAAAGUACUGGAGAAACCAUUGGAGAAAAAGGCCGGUCGUAACUAUGGACCACCGGGCAGUAAGGUGAUGAUCUACUUUCUGGAUGACAUGAACAUGCCUGAGGUUGACAAAUAUGGAACAGUCCAACCCCACACACUCAUCAGACAGUGGAUGGAUUAUCAGCAUUGGUAUGACCGCACCAAGCUCACACUCAAGGAGAUCCACAACAUCAUCUUCUUCUCUUGCAUGAACCCAACGGCAGGCAGCUUCACUAUCGACUCUCGACUGCAGAGGCACUUUUCCGUAUUUGCACUCAGUUUUCCAGGACAGGAAGCUCUGUUCCAUAUCUUCAACAACAUCUUGAGUCAGCAUCUGACCAACCACACCCUAAAGUUCCCUACAGCUGUCAUCAAGACAACAGAUCUCAUCACACAGCUGGCCCUCACCAUGCACUCCAAAAUGUCCUCUGUAUUCCUGCCUACUGCCAUUAGGUUCCACUACAUCUUUAAUCUCAGGGAUUUGGCUAAUAUAUACCAGGGGAUGCUGUUCUGCACCAACGAGUGCCUGACAACUCCUGGUAGAUUUGUGAGACUGUGGAUGCAUGAGGCCACUCGAGUUUACUGUGACAAGCUUGUCGACCACAAGGAUCAGGAUACUUUUAACAAACUUAUGGCAGAAAAUAUUAAAAAAGUGUUUGCAGAGAUGCCUGAGAGCGAUUAUAAUGAGAAGCCGCUGAUAUUCUGCCACUUCGUGGAGGGACUUGGUGAUCCUAAGUAUUUGCCAAUGCCCAGCUGGGCUGCCCUCAACAAGCUGCUGGAGGAGGCUAUGUCUCAGUACAAUGAUUUGGUAGGAGCCAUGAAUUUGGUACUCUUUGAGGACGCCAUGAGUCAUAUUUGCAGGAUAAACCGUAUAAUGGAGGCGCCACGUGGGAACGCUCUACUGGUUGGUGUGGGAGGAAGUGGAAAACAGUCCCUGUCUCGUCUAUCAGCUUUCAUAUCUGGUCUGGAUCCUUUCCAGGUGCAGCUCAAAAAAGGGUACAGCAUGGUUGAUCUGAAACUCGAUCUGGCUGGUCUAUACCUAAAGGCCGGUCUCAAGAAUGUCAGCAUCAUGUUUCUCAUGACAGACUCGCAGGUGGCAGAUGAAAGGUUUCUGGUGCUCAUCAAUGACAUGUUGGCUUCGGGUGAAAUACCGGAACUGUUUGCUGAUGACGAGGUGGACAAUAUCAUCAGCACUAUAGGCCCUGAGGUGAAAGGUGCUGGCAUCCCUGACACGAGAGAGAACUGCUGGAAGUACUUUAUCAGCAAGGUGCGGAAGCUGAUUAAGGUGAUCCUGUGUUUCUCUCCUGUUGGCUCUACACUGCGAGUCCGGUCCCGCAAGUUUCCUGCCAUUGUUAAUUGUACCUCCAUCAACUGGUUCAUGGAGUGGCCACAAGAGGCAUUGGUGUCCGUUUCCGCCAGAUUCCUCAGUGAAAUUGAAGUGCUUCCGAACCAGAUACGUAAGUCCGUGUCACUGUUCAUGGCUUACGUACACACCAGUGUGAACACCAUGUCACAAGCCUACCUAGAGAAUGAAAGGAGGUACAAUUAUACCACCCCCAAGUCGUUCUUGGAGCAGAUAAAUUUGUACUCUAAACUGCUCAAGUUCACUGUGAAGGACUGUCUGGCACGAAGCCGUCGUCUGCAGAACGGUUUGAAGAAACUUGUUGGUUGUUCAGAUCAGGUUGAAGGCUUAAAGAGUCAAUUGGCUGAACAAGAGAAAAUUAUAUUAGAGAAAACCAAAGCUGCAACAGAACUUAUCAAAAUUGUAGGGAAAGAACAAGAUAAAGUUGCUAAGGAGCAAAUUAAAGUUGCUGAAGAAGAGCGGAAGGUGAAGAUCAUGGAGGAAGACAUCAUGGUGAAGCAGAAGAUUUGUGAAGAAGAUUUGGAGAAGGCUGAGCCAGCUUUAACUGCAGCUAUGGCUGCAUUAAAUACUUUAAAUAAGAAUAAUCUAACAGAGUUGAAAUCCUUUGGUGCACCUCCCACUGCAGUGGUGAAGAUCUGUGAGGCUGUGAUGGUAUUGUUCAGCAAGGGCAAACUACCAAAAGACCGAAGUUGGAAAGCGUGUAAAGUGAUGAUGGGAGCCUUGGACAAGUUCCUGGCUAAUCUGGUCAACUACGACAAGGAAAACAUCCACCAGGACAUCAUCACAGAGCUAGUCAAGAAGUACCUGUCUGAUCCUGAGUUUGAUCCUGACUUUGUCAUGUCCAAGUCAUCUGCUGCUGCUGGUAUUUGCAGCUGGGUCAUCAACAUUUACAACUUCCAUCAGGUGUGGAUUGUGGUGUUGUUGCCCAAAAGGAAAGCUCUAGCUCAAGCCAACCAGGACUUGGCUGCUGCACGAGCCAAACUGGCUGAACUGAAGUCCAAACUCAUGGAACUGGAAGUAGAAUUGGCAGUUUUGACAAAGAAGUUCGAGGACGCAGUGGCAGACAAGCUCAAGUGUGAGACUGAGGCGGAGAAGACAGCAGAGACUAUUGACUUGGCUAACCGUCUAGUCAAUGGCUUGGCCUCAGAGAAUCAGAGAUGGAAGGAUACAGUGGCCAAUUUACAGAGACAGAGUCAGACACUUCCAGGAGACAUGCUGCUGGUCACUGCUUUCAUUUCAUAUGUUGGCUGUUUCACUCGCCGCUACCGCAUAGACCUCAUGAACAAGAACUGGCUGCCAUUCAUUGGGAAACUCAAGCCUGCCAUACCUUUGUCUGGAGAUGUGGAUCCACUCAGUCUGUUGACGGAUGAGGCUCAGAUAGCUCAAUGGCAGAACUUUGGUUUGCCAAGUGACCGAAUGUCAUCAGAGAAUGCAACUAUACUAACCACUUCUGAGCGUUGGCCCCUUAUGAUUGAUCCACAGCUGCAAGGGAUCAAGUGGAUCAAAGCAAUGUAUGGUGCUAAGCUCCAUGUGAUCCGACUCGGGCAAAAAAACUAUCUAGAGCGCAUUGAGAAAUCAUUGUCGGACGGCUCCACCAUCUUGAUAGAGAACAUUGGAGAAUCGGUCGAUCCUGUUCUGGAUUCUCUGUUGGGUCGCAAUCUUAUCAAGAAGGGCACUGCCGUUAAAAUUGGUGACAAAGAGAUGGACUUUAACCCCAAGUUCCGGCUGAUUCUUCACACUAAGUUGGCCAAUCCUCACUACAAGCCAGAGAUGCAGGCACAGACAACGCUUAUUAACUUUACAGUGACCAAGGAUGGACUGGAGGAGCAAUUGCUGGCAGAAGUCGUUAAGGCUGAGAGGCCAGAUCUGGAGUCACUGAAGGCGGAAUUGACCAAGCAGCAGAAUGUGUUCAAGAUAACGCUGAAACAGCUAGAGGAUGAGCUGCUGAUGCGGUUGUCCUCUGCAGGACCAGAUAUCCUGGGUGACAAGGAGUUGGUGCUGAACUUAGAGAAGACCAAACGUACAGCUGAUGAGAUCACAGCCAAGGUAGCUGAGGCUAAGAUCACUUCAGCUAAGAUUGAUGAUGCCAGAGAGAUGUACAGGCCUGCAGCAACCAGAGCCUCUAUUCUCUACUUUAUACUGAAUGACCUUUACAAGAUCAACCCCAUCUACCAAUUCUCACUCAAGGCUUUCAGUGUAGUGUUCCAAAAUGCAAUUGCCAAGGCAGACCCCUCAGAGAUACUUGCUGAGCGAGUGGCCAUUCUAGUAGAGUUUAUUACCUUCUUCGUCUUCAUGUAUACAAGCCGAGGGCUGUUCGAGAGUGACAAGCUGAUCUUCAUGGCUCAGAUGGCUAUCCAGGUGCUGCUGCAGAGUGGUGAGAUCUCGGGGGAAGAACUGGACUUUCUGUUGCGUUUCCCGUUUGUGCCUAACCUGUCCAGUCCUGUCGAUUUCCUCACCAACACACUCUGGGGCGGUAUCAAGGCUCUUGCCAACAUGGAUAACUUCAAAAACUUAGACAAAGAUAUUGAGGGAUCACAGAAGAGAUGGAGAAAGUUCAUUGAAGGAGAAUGUCCAGAGAGAGACAAGUUUCCACAGGACUGGAAGAACAAAUCAGCUCUCCAGCGGCUAUGUAUGAUGAGAUCUAUGCGGCCAGACAGGAUGACUUAUGCUGUCAGGUGUUUCAUAGAAGAGAAGCUAGGCACAAAGUAUGUAGAAGCAAGGACUGUUGAAUUUGCCAAGUCUUUUGAGGAGUCCAGCUCCACUGUUCCUGUAUUUUUCAUCUUGUCCCCUGGAGUGGAUCCAACUAGGGAUGUUGAGAGUGUCGGCAAGAAGAUGGGAUUCACAACAGACAAACGCAACUUCCAUAACGUUUCCCUGGGACAAGGCCAAGAAAUAGUAGCGGAGCAGACAAUGGAGACAUGUGCACACUAUGGACAUUGGGUCAUUCUACAGAACAUCCACUUGGUAAAGAAUUGGUUGCCAACGUUAGAGAAGAAGAUGGAAGCCUGCAGUGAGAACCCUCACAGAGACUUCCGACUGUUUAUCAGUGCAGAGCCUGCUCCAUCCCCAGAGUUCCACAUUAUACCUCAGGGUGUGCUGGAGUCCUCCAUCAAAAUAACCAAUGAGCCCCCAACUGGAAUGAUGGCCAAUCUGCAUAAGGCCCUUGACAACUUCAAUCAAGACACUCUGGAGAUGUGCAGCAAGGAGGCAGAGUUCAAGGCCAUCUUGUUUGCUCUGUGUUACUUCCAUGCUGUAGUCGCUGAACGCCGCAAAUUUGGGGCCCAGGGCUGGAACCGGUCCUAUCCCUUCAACGUAGGAGACUUGACGAUCAGUGUGCACGUGUUGUACAACUAUCUAGAGAACAGCUCCAAGAUACCAUGGGAGGAUUUGCGCUACCUAUUUGGAGAGAUUAUGUACGGGGGCCACAUCACCGAUGACUGGGAUAGACGACUCUGUCGCACAUACCUACAGGAGUUCUUAGCUCCUGAACUGGUGGAGGGAGACCUAUUUUAUGCCCCAGGAUUCCAGGCUCCACCUAACAUAGACUAUGUGGGCUACCACAACUACAUAGACGACAUGCUGCCCCCAGAGAGUCCUAACCUUUACGGGUUACACACCAACGCUGAGAUAGGUUUCCUCACCACCCUUGCUGACAAUCUGUUCAAGACAAUAUUUGAACUGCAGCCAAGAGAGGCUGGUACGUCGGCAGGUGGCGGCAUCAGCAGAGAAGAGAAGGUGAAGCAGAUACUGGAUGAGAUAUUUGACAAGGUUCCUGAUCCGUUCAACAUUCCAGACAUGAUGGCUAGAGUGGAGGAACGGACACCAUACAUCAUUGUGGCCUUCCAAGAGUGUGAGCGGAUGAACAACCUCAUGCAAGAAAUUAGACGCUCUCUCAAGGAACUCAGUCUCGGUCUCAAGGGUGAGCUAACGAUAACCAGUGAAAUGGAAGUGUUGGAAUCUUCCCUAUUCUUGGACAAUGUGCCAGAGAAUUGGACCAAGCUGGCAUACCCUUCUCUGAUGGGACUGGGUGCCUGGUUCUCAGAUCUCAUGGUGCGUUUACGGGAACUCGAGAGCUGGGUCGGUGACUUCAAUUUGCCAUCAUCAGUGUGGCUGGCUGGCUUCUUCAACCCUCAGUCCUUCCUGACAGCAAUCAUGCAGAGCACUGCACGUAAGAACGAGUGGCCACUGGAUAAGAUGUGUCUGCAGUGUGACGUCACUAAGAAACAGAAGGAGGAGUUCAGCUCACCGCCACGUGAAGGUGCUUACAUUAACGGGCUGUUCAUGGAAGGUGCACGCUGGAACAUGGAGCUAGGUUGCAUAUCUAGCUCUAAGCUGAAGGAAUUGUUCCCAAUGAUGCCUGUCGUGUUCAUCAAGGCCAUCACACAGGACAAGCAGGAUUUGCGCAAUAUCUAUGAGUGUCCGGUAUACAAGACAAGGCAGCGUGGUCCCACAUUUGUCUGGACAUUCAAUCUUAAGACCAAGGAGAAGGCUUCCAAGUGGACUUUGGCCGGUGUGGCUAUUCUGCUGUGUACUUAGAUUUCUGAAUGCUUUCUGCUUUAGUCACAUUAUCUAGUCAACAGACAUUAUUUAAUCUAGUCAGAUGAUAUUUAUUUUAGCUUAAAUAUAUAGCUCAAAGAAUAUUGUUAUUUUUUUAUUGUUGAACAUUGAUUUGAAUAAAAUUGCUGAUAUGCUUGAA